CCUGUGACCUACGUAUAGAACACAUCCACGAAUAUUGUGACACGGUAAGAUUGGAGGAACUUACGCAUUGUGUUUGAAACGACUGAAUCGUUGAAUAAGAAGCAAUUCAACAGAAGUGUGCGAUACGGAACAAGAUAGCUAAAAAGAGUGAACAGACUUUUGAACCAAUUUGAUUAUAGACUGUGUUGUGAUUUUGGAAUUACAGACUAUCAUCCAGGUUCCAACACCUUUCCAGAGGGAUGUAUAAGUGACUUGAAAACCUCACACAGGAGCUUCGAAUCUCUUAGGAGUCAUCCAAUCGCAUAAAAAUGGAGAGGGUUGCCUUGGUAUCGAUGCUUUUCUGCUUAGCACUAAAUGUCAGAGGAGAAAGCCAGACGCCAUUACCCCCAAGCAGCCAAAUCCAGCCGAUUCUCAGUACCCCAGCUCCCUUUGCACCUUUUGCAUUUCCCGGGACCAUCCAACCUUCGAGCUUUGUCAAUCCUUUCUUCAGCGGUGGAUUUCUAAGCCCUGAGAUCAUACCACCGCAAAGUCAUUCUUUUUUACCAGUUUUUAGCAACCCGCCUCAACUGCAGCCAGUUUCUAAUAUUUUUCUGUCGCCGUCGGGCUUUCCAACAGACAGGGGGACGUCGCAGAUUUUUCAGAGUAACACAAACCAAGACGGGGAACCACAGCUUGAUGAUGGCCAAAGCAAACGUCUUACUUUAUCAGAACUGCUUGCGGUCGCUAACAGCGGUUCCUCCCUCACAUCACAACCGCCCUCAUUUUCAACCCCGAAUCCAAAGGUUAAUAAAAAUAUCAACGCUGAAGAGUUAGUCACCCGCCGGUCAAAAACCGUGAAUUUAGACAAUAAUAUCAAACUAGAAACUACAGUUCAAAGUGCUGAACAAAGGAAUCUGCAGGAAAUCCACGGUUCUUCGACUCCUUCGUCUCCUGAGGGUUCUCUAACAACCCCUGUGCCCCUGCCGUCACCGCCAACGGAAGCUACCUUAUCUUCUCAGACAACUAGUUCAACAAGAUCCCCUUCCUUGUUAAGACAAACUGAAGAUACAGAACUAAAUGAAGAAAAUUCCGAGGGGUCAUCCGUCAACAAUAGCAAUGGACAAUUCUCAUUAGCUUCGCACAUUGAGCAGCUCAAGUUCCAACUUUCUCAGUCAAUGAAAGAAGGCGUCAGUCAGACUGAAGAUGAAUUUCCUCCCUCAGAUACUGAAGGCAGGAAACCCAGUACCCAUAUUUCUGCAGACAGAGAUAUUCCACACGGACGUAUAGACAGAAAAUCCCUUUUCCAAACUCUUGCUGAAUCGCAAAUGAUUAAGCAGGAAUCUGCGUCCAGGUCUUUUGACAAUGAGGAUAACCGUCCCUUGGAAACUGAAGGUCAGGAGACAAUUAUUCAUAAUUCUGAGGACAGUGAUAUUCAGCCCAUUGAUACAGAUAAAAAACCUCUCUUCCAAACUCUUGCUGAUUCACAAUUGAUCGAGCAGGAAUCUUCGCCCAAGUCUCUUGACAAUGAAGAUAAUAGUCCCUUGGAAACUGAAGGCCAGGAGACAAUUAUUCAUAAUUUUGAGGACACUGAUAUUCAGCCCAUUGAUACAGAUAAAAAACCUCUCUUCCAACACCUUGCUGAAUCACGAAUGAUUGUGCAUGAAUCUUUGCCGACACCUGUUGAUAAUAAAGAUACCUCUGAACCGCUAAUAAGUGAUGCUUCCGAUUCCUCAAGUGUCACUGCCUUUGAUUCCUCUGGUUCUUUUCAUGAUGCCUCUGCUAACCAAGCUGCUGAACAGGAUAUCACUGAAAAGAACCUUGGCAUUAAACACAAUACCAUCAGUGACAACACUGAGCCAUUUAAUGAGCACACCACUGUGCAGUCUGAUGAUUAUGAAGAUGAUCCGAAUGAGAACCAGAAAAUAUCCAAGUCUUUGCUGCCAGAAGCAAAAGAUGAACCUUCAUUGGUAACUCUGUCUACAACAACAUCGACGGAAUCGCCAAGAGAAAAUAGACCAUUACGCCAAGGACGUAGAGAAAGACCCUCGUCUCGUGAACAACUUAUUGAAAGACUUAAGAAACUCAGAGAAAGAAGGUUGUCAACAACAAGGCCUCACCUUGCAGCACAAAGAAAAGAAGCUCAGAAGUCGGACAAUUCGACUAAUACCACAGCAUUAAGAGAACGAAGACUGAAUAAUCGUCGAAGAUUUGAUCAAAGAGGAGAUGAUUUCUAUAACAGGCUUAGAAACAGAGUAUUUACAACUCGUGUCCCAAACAGAGAUAGGCCUGUAACUCGGGAAAAAGAAAGUCCUGUUGUUCUAAACAAGCCUACCACUCCGAAGCCUUUGUCCUUCAGAGAAAGGUUAAAUCGAUACCGAGAGAACAACAGGUUUAUUCCUAAGGACAGGAGAUUAACUACACCCAGAGCAACUCUAAGGCAAACAUCAACUACUCGGACAACGUCACUCGUAACACCAGAAGAAAGUAAUACUGAAGAAUAUGAACAUGAAACUGAAACAAAUCCCACUGUUGAUCUUCCAGCUUUUACAACAGACCCUCCGUCUAAAUCAAAAGUGCAAGAAAUUAUGGAUAAGAUUGCAGCUACAAUAAGUCAGAAAGCUUUACAAGAAAAGACAACCACUGAAGAAGUAUUAUUGGCAUUGAAUGAUGUGACAGAUAAACCUUUAUUUACAGAACUUUCCCCAUUAAUAACUACUACUCCAGAACCAACUGAAUCAAUUGUAGACAUAGAUUUUAAUACUUUCCCUACUGUUAAGGCACCUGAAGAAGAGAGAGAGACCACUGUAGCACAGAUUGAUGAGCUGAAGUCAACCAUCAUCAAUGAUAUAAAAACAUCUGAAGUGCCAUCACUGAGUUUAAUAACAUCACCUGCUAUUACAAGCCCAUCACUGCUUACAACACCAGAGAAUACAUCUCCCAUUCCUUCCGUACAAUUCAGCCCAGUCCCAGAAUCAAUUCCUGUGAGUCAUAUUUCUGAAGAGACACCAACAUCCUCCCAGGAAAACUUUGUUUCUUCUACAACACUAAGUGAAUCAUUAAGCUUAGGUAAUAAAAUCUUAAAGAAGGAACCACCUUCAACAACAGAGAUGAUUCUAGAAUUAGAGCAGACAUCACCAAAAAGUUCAUUACCUUCUUCUGAAAGUGAACAUGCUAUGCAAUCUACUCCAGACGAAGGCUCCACUGAUCCUGCUUUAGAAACAACUUCACAGAGUUUCCGUCGUGGAGAGCCAACAGUUGACGAGGCCAGCAUUCAAGCACUGAUUGCUAAACUAAUUGCUCAGGGGGUUAUCACAGAAGCUAAACCUGAGGAAAACAUGUCAUUUACCACUGAGAAAGAAGAUGAUGAGGCCAUUACAUGGCAGUUAGAUAAUUCAACAACACAGUCAACUCAGUUAUUAGACACAUCAGAUCUAGAUAGUGAUAUAAGCACCGUGCUACCUGAAUCCAGCGAUGGUUUAGUGGAGACUCAUAGCUCAAAUACUAGAUUUGAUUUUAGCGAAGGUGGUAUACCAUCCACUUUACCAACAACUAUAGAUAUUGAAAAUGUUCCACUAACCUUUGUGCCAUUCAUUAAAAGAACAAGUGUUGAUCCCAUUUCCUCACAUGAUACAACAGAAAAAUUCAACAACGACAUUAAUGAACUUCAUACAGAAGUUCCAAGCAUAUCAGAAUCAGAAUUUGAUGUACAUCAGGGGUCAGUAAAUGCCUUUAACAAUUUCUUUGGGAUACCUCCAGAACAAAACGCUGCAGAAGAUUCUGAAUCAACAAGCAAAAAUUCAGCAAACGAUAUUGAAGUGCAUAUUUCUGACUCGAUGGAUCACCUGCAGACAUUACUUCGUAGUUUUGGCAGUUCGUCUAUUCGACCUGAAUUGGCUGCAGUAAAUCGGGUUAUUGGGCUUUCCUUAUUUGAUCCUCCACAUAGUAAUGAUACCUCUGUCAAUACUAAUCUUGAAGAACCGGAGUUACUAAAUGAUUAUGCUUUUUAUGAUUAUGACUUGGAAGCAGCUGCCACAGAACAAGUGCUUUUUACUGCAAAGCUUGAAACCUUUCCUUUUGAAACUCAAACAUCUGACUUUCAAGAACAUAUCACUGAAAGUUCAACUGACUCACAAGAUAUUACUGUUACCGAGAACCUUGUGCCGACAGUUUUGAAUAUGGAUGUCGCUUCAUUAAGUGUAUCAGAACCAUCAGUAAAAGUUCAAAAUGUCACUCAGGAAGAUGCACUGAGUAAUAUAAGAGAUCAUCUGAUAGCUACAAAUGGAACCCUGGGAAAAAAAGUUGAUAGUUUUGAUAAAAUUAUUCAACAAAAUACAUCAGAUGUCCCAUUUGUCAUGGAUAGUAAAAUAGAGAGAAUACAUAAAGAACCUUUAUUAACUGAAGUUUUGAUGGAUGAACCGCAAUCACCACCUCUUUCAGCAGAAAUAAAAGAAAUUGAAAGAAGUAAUUCCAGUGUUAGUGAUUUACCAGUUAUUUUUGAGGAUGCUAAUACCAAGAUAGUGGCUAAUAAUGAAACAUUGUCCAAAAACUUAGAAAAUGAUGAAGGUAAUGAAACAACACAACUACCACUUAUGGAUACUACACCAUUUAUUGUUAAUAAUGAACAAGAUGUCAUUUCUAAAGAAAUAGUUUCUGAAAACAGGACGCUUGAUGAAGAGUCAGUGCCCUUAAUGAAGGAAAAUAUAACACCAGAAUUUGUUGAAAUUACAACAAUUGAACCACUUGUUGUUAGUGCAUCUGAUAACAUUCCACAAAAUGUUAUGACAGAGAAUAAAAGGCCUCAUAAUUCCCCAUCUUCCUUCACAUUACAGAAAAAGGUUGGUCAAACUGAUACAAUAUCACAGCCUGAUGAAACAAAAGAACCAUCUCAUCUUGGGGACAUAAAUACAACUCAGCACUCAACUGUACUCCCAUCUAAUAUAGACAAGGUAAAUGAAAGCUCUCCAGUUAGUAACCCUCAACUGACAUCAGAUGCCCGUUCAAAGGCAAUAGUGAGAGAAAGACCUGAUUUGCUCUUGCUCCUGAGAAGCAGAGACAGUAAUGGAAAAAAACAGAGUGAUACCCAACACUUGCCACCUCACAGGGAGGCUAACAUUUCCUCAGAAAGGGUAAGAAUUGUACCAGAAACUGUAACACAACCUUCUCUUAGAGGGAGAGUUAGCCUCAGUCAACUUCUAAGUCUUAAAACUGCACUAGGGGCAUCAAAAUCAGAGCCAGCUGAAGAAACACAUAAUAACUCAUUUAUAAAAUUUUUAAUGGAUGUUACUACUACACAACAGCCAUUUUUAACUGUAAAGACUAUAGAAGAAGGUUCUCAGCCAGUAAGAGGUCAUGCUACAAAUCUCACAAUCAUUCAAGGGGUGAAAGAAAACUUUGAAAAAUCUCAAGAACCAGAUACAAUCAAAGAAAUUACUGAUAUUUUUGUAAGCAGCAGUGCAGAAGGAAGUCAAAAAGGACCAGAAAGGACUGAAAUAGUUAAUGGAACCUCUAAAGCAAGUGAUGCUGAUAAACAAAAGGAGAUAGCAUUGCAAAGAUUUUUAGCUCUUAACAGAGAGAUGCUUAAAAGCUUGAGAAAUGGUAGGAAAACAACACCUGCUGUAGGUGUUACUAAACAAGCAGUUAUUGAUGAUGAUAUUGCAGAAACAACUGUUAGCAGUAUAACACCUAAAACCCGUUUCCAUGGAGGAACAGAGAAUUCAAAAGAACCACAUGGAAGUGAUACUCAGAAUAAACCUACUGCAUUUUUAAGACCCGUACCACAACCAAGAUUGUUUAAUAUAACAUCUAUUGGAUCCCUUCUCUUAACUGAGAAAUCAGCUUUUAGCAGUAAUCAGUCUCAUGCACACCCUAGGAUAGGUCCCACCCAAUUUUUACGUCCAUCCUCCAAUAAGAACUCCUCAAGAGUCCAUGUUACGCCUGCUGGUCGUUUUCACCAUCCCGUAUCAACAUCAAGAUUCCUGGACCCUAAGAUAUCACUAAGAAAUAUUUCUGAUAAUACCAAUAUUCAUCUUCCCCUCCUUCCUCGCCCGACACAACAUAAUAUAAAUGAAAAAGUUGUAAAAACAGAAACAACUACAAAGUCUUCAACUUCAUUCUUUAUCCCUUUUGCUCAAGAGCAAUUUAUGAGUGCUACCACUACUAAUGCCCCAAUUAUUGUUCAAAAACAUUCUGAAGAAAACAAUCCAGUAAAUCAGAGGUCAAAUAAAGGUAGAGCACAUCGUGUAUCUACAGUUAUCCCAACAACUCCAAGACCUAACAGAGGGCAGUUUACUACUCUUGCUUCUCUUAUCAAAUUAAAAAAUCCAACUACCUUUAAGCCAGACAUAACAACACCUGGUUUUGAAGCAGAAACAGAAAAUGGUAAUGAUUUUAUAAGCAAAUUAAUGGGCCAAAACAUAGAGAAUUUUCCGUCAACAACAAUUUUACCAUAUUUUGCAGAAGAUGAAGAAGAUACCACUCAGUUAGGUCCUCUUGAUAUAGAUCCUAUGACAAUUUCACCUGAUGAGUUUGAGACUACAAUAAUACCCAAAACUGUAGAGGAGCUUGUAGUUUUCUCAGCGGCUGAAGGAAUAACUAUACCAAGUUCUGGAGAUAUUGCUGACUUUGAAGUGCACAAGAAUGUCUCGCCACCAAAAGAAGUAGCUGAUGUAAGAAAUAAACACCCUGAACAAAAUUUUAGGCCUUCUAAAUUCUUCAGCAUAACAAGUACAACUUCUAGACCACCAAGCACAUUAAAUCCAAAUACUUCACUGCAGAGAAAAGGAAUAGCUCACUCUUCAGCAAAUCUCAGUUCAGGAUUUCCCACAAGUUCCCACAAUCAAGGUAUAAGAUCUGGUGUUCCACUCACGACAGAAAGGAACAAAAUUCCAUGGAAACCAGUAACACUAUCUAAUCUCAGGGAAAAAUUUGAUGCAUCUGCAUCAACAUCUCCAUUUUCUUUUUCAGAUAUUUCUACCACAGACAGGGAACCAGAGUCUGUCACUACAUCACCUUCUAUAAAUGAAUUUGAUUUUGGUUUAACAGCUUCAGUUCCACUGUCUGGUCAGAGUCAACAAAUCCAAGCAGAUCUAUCAACAACUGGAACACCCACUCCAACUGUUCUAAUAACUACAUUACCAACAUUUGCAAAUGAAGAUAUUUUCUUCACAGACGACGAUCCUUCUCAGGAUGUUGAAAAUGAACAGAUUAAUAAUAUAGCAAUAACUGACAGGGUCCCAACAAGCACUGUGCCUACUGUAGCUGUAACUCCAAAAAUUAUUCUUCUUGCACUUCCAAUUGUGAAUACAAGCUCUUUGCAGGGAAUUACCACAUUAGUACCUCAAACUGGACGUAUAGAUCAUAAUAAUCCUAGUACAAGGGUUACCCCAUCUCAGCUGCUACGACAUAAAGCAAAGGAGCAAAACAACAAUCAGGGCCAAAUAUCUGAAAGUAAACAACAUUCAAACCUCCGACAAAUAUUCCUGGCUUCAUUGCCAGUAGGAACUAGACCUCAGAAACAAGCAGAGCCAAAGAAUAAUAUACUUCAUACAACUCCACAAAAUUUCCCUCAUCUUCAGCAAUCUAUAACUGGGGGAGUUAGCAUACGGGCUGAGGAAGGCAUUAUUCAAAGAAAUCCAAUAACUUCACAAAGAGAAUUUCAAGGUGGGAGCCAACAGCAAGACUUUUCUUCAGGCGGAUUCAUUACCACUACUCCAUCACCAAUAUCAGCAACUACACAGGGCCUUGAUGGUUCCAGCGUUGACAACGACCCUGACAACGAUCACAUCCCUGGUGAAGGAGGCGUCGACUACCCAAUACUGGAUUUUAUUCCAGAGACCUCAUUCAGGUGCACAAAGAGUCUGUCCAAAAGUGGCAUGAUGUAUGCUGAUCCUGAAACUGCGUGCCAGGUAUACCACGUCUGUAAUGGUAUCCAGAAGUUCUCUUUCCUUUGCCCCAGAGGGACCAUAUUCCACCAGGAGACAGUUGUCUGCCAGUGGUGGUACACAGUCGACUGCGUGGCGCAGGCGCGAAAACUUGCCGAUAUUCAAGCUGUCGGUGAAAGCUGAAAUAGUUCCUAAACAAAUGAGUGUUGUGAUUUCUUGAACUGAUAUUGCAGCUUCACGCAAGUGAAGCUGGGAUGUGCAUAGACUCUAAAUGUAAUUGUUUUUAGUGGACAGUGUUUCUUCUUCUGCAGCGAAUAAUGUAGGAGUCUGCAGCGAAAUGAGUGUUCAAGUCAUACCUCCCUACUUGAGCUGGUUUCUAGCAGGAGAGGUUUUGGAAAGCACAGAGACCUCACCGACAUCAUUUAUUUGUUAGAUGAUAUUGGUAAAAAAAGACUUUUCUUUCCCCUGAACCUUUUAAGUUUAGAAAAAAAAACAUCCAACUGUACCCUUGGCGAACAAAUGAGCCGAAAAGCAGCAGCAGAUAUCUUUGACACUAACACUAUUUAUUUGUGUAACGACUAAGGCAACAGUAAGAUAGAGUUCUACAUUGAUGGAAUGUCUAACAUCAUCUACUAACACUGAAAGAUUUUUGUCAAGGCUGUAUGUCAAAAUCACUGCAUGUCUCAUGGUGAUAUGAUUUAGUUUGGUAUGAAUAAGAGGAGAAGAAUCUUGUUAAUGAUCCACAAGACAUAUAUUGACCAUGCAACUUUCUUGAAAUGCUUAAAUGAAGAACUAACUAAAACUGAGUAAAUUCUAUUGGGACAAAACUUUCUUGUAUAACCUGUGUAUGGAUGCCACAGCAUCAUAAUGGGUUGAUGGGAAGCGUUCGUUUUGAAUUGUCACUAUAAAAAAGUGAAAUUGUUAUGAAAAUAAUGGUCAUUUUUAGCGAUUUUAAAUUUAAAUAAGAUCUGAACGCGGUAAAUAGGUAAUUAAACUUACCAUUAAGUUAGUAAACUAAAUGUUAUUUGUAUACAUCACGUCUAUUGAAGAAUUCAAUAUUAUUUUAAGCUAAACUUUCAGAAUAUAUCUACAUAACGAAAAUUUUUCUCCCAGUUCCCUUUUCUUUAUUUUGUUCUUCCCUCUGAAGGUGAAUAAACUAUAACCAAGUAACAAUCUUGCCUUCAAUUUAUCAAUAUAAAACAUACCACAAUACUUCGUACGGUAGUAUACAUUAAUUUCGAAGUACUGUACAAAGGCCACUGGUGCAAUACAAAGAGAGUGUUUGCCCUUUCACUGCGAUGUAAGUGAAGGUAUGUUGAAGUGUUUGUCCCGUCUUCCUCUGAAUGUGCUGUCUCUUUUAAAACAUAUGCCAAAUAUAGAUGAGUAUUCAACUACCAUUGUCCAACUGUUCUGAGUUAUGUAAUGUUUCCUCGCUUUAUUGGCGAAUGUUGUUUUAAGUAACUACAUAAUCAUUAUCACUGAUAUGUAUUAAACGUGGUAUUAUGAUGCCAAUUACUAUUACCCUUUUAGUCAUGUAAGAAUUUUGUAUUAUAAUGUUAAUAUUAGAAUAAAUGAAU